AUGGCUACAGAGAACCCCGCUGCAGGCGGCAUGGAGCUUGAUCCCAAGUAUGAUGACUACGACUACCCCAUCAUUGCUCCUGUGGCUGCCUCUGGCCAUCCCGGCCACUUGACGCCCCAACAGCAGGCUCAGGUUCACCAGCUGAGAAUGCUGCUCGAGUCAAAGGGCUAUAAGGACCGGCUGGAUACCCUGACUCUGCUGCGAUUCCUACGAGCGCGGAAGUUUGAUGUCAACCUGUCCGAGAAGAUGUUCAUCGACUGUGAGAAGUGGCGGAAAGAUACCAAGCUCGACGAGGUGCUGCCCACAUGGGACUACCCCGAGAAGGCCGAGCUCUUCAAAUACUACCCGCAAUACUACCACAAGACCGACAAGGAUGGCCGACCCGUGUACAUCGAGCAGCUGGGCGGCAUCGAUCUGACCGCCAUGUACAAGAUCACAACCGCAGAGCGAAUGCUGACGAACCUAGCCGUCGAGUACGAGCGUGUGGCUGACCCUAGACUGCCUGCCACCAGUCGCAAGCACGGCCACCUGCUCGAGACGUGCUGCACCAUCAUGGACCUCAAGGGCGUCGGUCUAUCCAAGGCUGGACAAGUGUACGGCUACAUCAGACAGGCCUCCAACCUAUCCCAGAACUACUACCCGGAGCGUCUCGGUCGCCUUUAUAUCAUAAACGCGCCGUGGGGCUUUGCCGCCGUCUGGAGCGUUGUCAAGGGCUGGAUUGAUCCCGUCACCGUGCAGAAGAUCCACAUCCUGGGCUCGAGCUACCAGAAGGACCUGCUGGAGCAGGUGCCCGCUGAGAACCUCCCGAAGCAGUUUGGUGGUAGCUGCCAGUGCGCAGGCGGCUGUGAGCUGAGCGACAUGGGCCCGUGGAAGGAGGCCGAGUGGGCUAAGCCUGCGAAGUGGGAGAAGAAGGCUGAAGCGCCCAAGGCGGAGGAGACCAUUGAGAACACCGGCUCGGUGGUUAAAGAGGCUGACGGCAAGGAGACCCAAGCAACAGCUGAGGGAGCCGCUGAGACGGCCGUGGCUGAGGACAAGGCAACUGCUACCGCAUAG